GAUCCCUUUGUGUGGCAUUCCACAUCCACAGGGGCCUUGUGAGGAAGUCCAUGAACUCUCUCCUGAUGGGAGAACUCUCUCCGGAGCAGCCCAGCUUUGAGCCCACCAAGAACAAAUUGCUGACCAACGAGCUCCGUGAGCUGUGGGCCACCGUGGAGCAGAUGCGACUCGUGAAGGCCAACCACGUCUUCUUCCUGCUAGACCUGCUGCCUAUCCUGCUGCUGGAUGUGGCUGCUGGGCUCACCCUUUGGGUCUUUGGGACAUCCUUCGUGCCGUUCGUCCUCUGCGCGGUGUUGCUCAGCACAGUUCAGGCCCAGGCUGGCUGGCUGCAGCACGACUUUGGGCACCUGUCAGUCUUCAGCACCUCAAGGUGGAACCACAUGCUCCACCACUUUGUGAUUGGCCACCUCAAGGGGGCACCAGCCAGUUGGUGGAACCACAUGCACUUCCAACACCACGCCAAGCCCAACUGCUUCCGCAAAGACCCAGACAUCAACAUGCAUCCCUUCUUCUUUGCCCUGGGGAAGAUCCUCUCCGUGGAGCUCGGGAAACAGAAGAAAAAGUACAUGCCAUACAACCACCAGCACAAAUACUUCUUCCUGAUCGGGCCUCCAGCCUUGCUGCCUCUCUACUUCCAGUGGUAUAUUUUCUAUUUUGUUAUCCAGCGGAAGAAGUGGGUGGACCUGGCCUGGAUGAUCACCUUCUAUAUCCGCAUCUUCCUCACUUACAUGCCACUGCUGGGGCUAAAAGGCUUCCUGGGCCUGUUCCUCAUGGUCAGGUUCCUGGAGAGCAACUGGUUUGUGUGGGUGACACAGAUGAACCACAUACCCAUGCACAUUGAUCACGACCGGAACAUGGACUGGGUCUCCACCCAGCUUCAGGCCACAUGCAACGUCCACAAAUCUGCCUUCAAUGACUGGUUCAGUGGACACCUCAACUUCCAGAUUGAGCACCAUCUCUUCCCCACGAUGCCCCGACACAAUUACCACAAAGUGGCCCCCCUGGUGCGGUCCCUGUGUGCCAAGCAUGGCAUAGAGUACCAGUCCAAGCCCCUGUUCUCAGCCUUUGCCGAUAUCGUCCACUCACUGAAGGAGUCGGGGCAGCUCUGGCUAGAUGCCUAUCUUCACCAGUAACAACCCCCGCCCUGUGUGGAAGAGGAAGAGGACUCGAGUCAAAGCAGAGGGACCCUGGAGGGACAAAACCACUGUGAUUCUCAUACUCAGAGCGGGGUGGGUUUGGAAACAUGAAGGCACUGGCUCAAGCCCCUCCCUUUUACCUUCCAGGCUCAAAUCUAAUCUAAGACCCAGAAAGGUAUGAGGGCCACACACAUUCUCUGGAAGGAAGGAAGGAGCCAUCAGGGCAGGGAUGGAGACGCUUCUGUUGUUUAUUUUUUCUAGACUGGCAGAUGCAGGCAGUUCUGAGUAGAGGGAACCAGUAGGGUACUGGAGAAGGGGGCACCCACUGAGCUCAGAAUAGGGAAGAGAGUUGGCACCAGCGUUCUACUCACCUGAAGGGCGGGCCGCUCAGUGCCUUCUUGGUCUUCACACGCCAACCUCAGAGGGGUAAGAAAGCUGAGCCUUUUGAGCCAGUUCAGAAAGCAGGCAUGAACGCUUAGAAGUCUGAGGCCCGGCAUGAUUCAAUGCCCAGGAACUCGGCUCACUGCCCAAGACGAGGUGUAACUGGUGUCUGUCUCAGGCUGCUGGGAGAAGCAAGAGCCAGAACUAGGGUGUUGGAGACAUUUGGCCCCACGGGAUCCUGGCAACACUGAUUUCCAUCUCUUCCGUCUAGGGUUUAGAGAGAACAUUAGAUCCCAGCUCUUGCUAGAACAGACGGUACAGAGAGUUGCUGGCCAUCAAAAACCCCUUCAUCUUUUGUGUCACCUCUUCUUUUUACCUCUUUAUCCCCCAAGGAACAAAACACUCCCAGAACUGGGAGUCUGCUUUCUGCCCACAAGUAAGGAGCAACUUAGUCUUUCCUUCUCCCUAGAAACAAACGGGGCAUCCAGUGGUAUCCAUUUGUUUCCCAACCUAUAACUCCAAGUUUAAUUAAGUAGCAAUUUUUGGGAAUGCCUAGGCCUGCUAAAGAUAAAUAAAUAAAGUAGCAGUUAGCACAAGUGACCAAAUUGAAAGAUACUAAUUACCAGUCAUGAGGAAAGACACACAUUUUAAUUAGAGUGUAAGGACUAUAAACAGAAACUUCCUAUAACCUAAAAUGAUCUUGCAGCAUUAUUUUUGAGCAGGAGCCGUGUUAAUCACUUCAUAGUUCUAAAUCAGAAACGGGAAGAUUAAAAACAGAACGGUUUGUGACCAUCA